UUUUAUUCAAUCUUUGUAUUUUUUCCCCAUUACCAUUUAGUCCUCUUACAUUCUUCUCCCUGCAUUAAAUAUAUUCUAAAUCAGCACUAGCGUGGAAUGGUGUGCCCCUUCCAACGAACCCUCUUCCCCAACUCUAGAAGUGAAUUUGCCUGAACAGAAAGAAACCGACAGACUCUGCUCUCAUGUGCCUGUGAUUCUGUGUGAGCCCCACUCAGGUUGCAGGAACAUAAUAUGCAAAGAGAGGGUCUCCAUUUUAGCUCCUAGAAGCUGAGUGGUUCUAAGCUUAUAGAUCCUUUCCUGUCCCACUCAGGCCUCCCGAGAUGGAUGUCACCCACCUGCUCCUGGCCACCCUGCUGGUCUGCCUGUGCUUCCUCACUGCCUGUAGUCACUUGGCACCUGAGGAGAAGCUCAGAGAUGACAGAAGCCUGAGGUGCAACUCCUCCAUGAACCUGCUCGAUUCCCCCUCAGUCUCUAUCGUGGCACUAAACAAGAAAUCCAGAAAGAUCAGUAUAAGAGAGGUGAAAAAGGAAAGAUCUUUCAAGAAAAAGGCUUCAAUCAAGAAGGUGGCGCGGCCCCGGGACCGGCCUCGGGUUCCUUGCGUAAUCACCCGUGACAGCUACAGGCAGCCGGCGCCCACCUGCCGGGACCCUUGCGCCUCCUGCAGGUGUUGCUUCUUCCACAGCGCCGGUUCCUGCCACGUGCUCAACACUGCUGCUGAGAGCAGUAGCCUCCCCGCCCCCUGCGGGGCGCAGCUUUCAGUUGGCGGCUCGGCCCUCCGGCGACCCUGGGGACCCUGAGAGAUUGGAGAUCUCUAGGAGGUGUGGCUUUUUAGAAUUGAAUGCAGGCGUGGCUACUAAGGUCGGGAUUUAGCUUUUAGAAGAAGGGACUUAAAGGAGAUGUGGUGUGGACCAGGCUAAAAUCCAAAUAAUAUUAUACAUUCAGGCUGAUUGAAAGUGUGUGGCUGUUUCUUUAAAGGAACCAAAAGCUCCUUUUCCCUUCCCUGAACCCACAUCAGAAGUCCAAGUGUUUGCACAAACGCUAUCUCUGGGACCUGGGGAAAAUCCGAUUACCCCAACCCUAAAUCUGUGCUUCGUUUAAGCCCUUCUCCCUAUCCUACAGCUAGAGACAAUGCUGCCCCCUACCUUUAUACUGGGGAACACUCGAAUUGCCUUCAAAUCCGGGGAAUGCAGGCCUCCAGAAAGAAACGAAGCAUUAAGGAGCUACCAUUCAGUCUUUUCACCUUUCUAGGAGCUCCCCCUACCCACUCUCAAGACAAACAAGAAAGGCUACAGUUCCGUACACAAUCUCACUGGGCUGUCUGUCCUGGGGGAUCUGCAGACAAAAACAGGUGGCUGGUUGUGGCUGGCUGAUGCCAUGGGUCCCUACAGCCAGAAGGUUCUGCCUUAGGAGGCUCCCAAACAAAGAUGCCACUUGUGCCCACACCUCCCUUUCUCCCAGAGGUGCAGGGGCCUGGGAGGAGUUUCUCCCACUCCCAGGCUAAACAAUGACUAUUGGUCCCCAAGCAUCUUUAACCAUGACAUCCUGAAGUUGGGGCUCCCAAAUAAAAAGCAGGGGUUCAGGAAUCCUCCCUCACUCAUACCCCAGCUCUGUCAGAUAGUAACCUGGCAGUGGGCUUGGAUCUGGUGCUCUGAUAAUAAAAGAAAACCGCUAAAAUGGAGGCCAGAGGCCAGAAGGAGGAGCUCAAACACAGUACUAUUACUAGGCAAACAAUUGCCAAUUACGUCAACAAGAAUGAACAGGAAAAAAUCAAUUAUAAGCACCAAUAGGAAAGGAUGUGCAUUGCAUCUCCUGCAAGAAAUCAACUACCCCAGCAACUCAGCCAAUGAGAAACCAUUAUCUCCCUGAAAUCUCACUUGUCUCCAGUGGAUUUUGGUUCAAAACAACCUCUCCCAACUUCCUCUUUCUCCAUAAAAUAGUUCCUUUCCUUCCUUUGUUGGACGUGUCUCUGUGGCGUUUGUUACAGCAUGCUUGUCCUGAUUUGCAACUCUGCUCUUCCCAAAUAAGCCUAUUUUGCUAGUAAAAUAACUGACUUUUACAAAUUUAUUUUGUUU